AGAGACGUCCCUCUACCUCUCUUCUUGUCUACUCAAGACUUCUCCUUCCAUUCGUACACCUCGAUCCAAACUAGUCCAAGUCAUCUUACUUCUAUUCCUCCAGCUGCCUUGUUGAUCUUGUUGAUCAAGAAUACGUCUCACAACCAUGUCUACACACAAGGCGGCCCUUCUCCAUUCGGCUGGAUCUCCUUUGGUUGUUGAAGACCGUGCGACCCCCAAGCCAGGACCCAAGGACCUCUUGAUCUCGGUGUCUGCCAUUGCCCUGAACCCGGUCGACUGUUACCAACGGGCCAUGGGCCUUUUCCUUACCACGUACCCGGCAAUCCUGGGAUCCGACAUCGCAGGAACAAUCGAAGCCGUUGGCUCUUCGGUUCCCGGACCCUUCAAGGUGGGCGGGCGCGUGCUGGCAUUCGCAUCCGCCUUCUACCGUCGAGGCGAGGCCAACGCCAACGACUAUUCGUCCUACCAGGCCAAAGUCCUCGUUCAAUACGAAGCGGCUUGUACUAUCCCAGACUCUUUGAGUUUCAUUGACGCAGCCACCCUUCCUAUGGGCGUCGGUACGGCCUGGAGUGGCUGGCAUAUCAUCGGUCUCAACACAACCACCCAUUUCAACCCAGCCGACAAAAAGGGUGUCGUGGUAUGGGGUGCCGCGUCGAGCGUGGGCGUAUGUGCUGUCCAGAGUGCCAAAGCCAUGGGCUUCACGGUGUACGCGACCGCCAGCGCCAAGAACUUCGACUAUGUCAAGUCAAUCGGGGCGAAGGAGGUGUUUGAUUACAAGGACGCCGAUGUGGUGUCGAAACUUCUCGCCGCCGCGAAAAAGGACGACGUCAAACUCAAUACGAUUUACCGCGCCGCCGGUGACCGGGGUGGUUCAGAUGUCCAGCCCCUCUUGGACAUCGUGAGCGCUUCGGGCGGUGGCAGCAUCGCAUCGGCCGUCGGUCCUUUGCUCGAAAACACGCCUCAAGCAAAAGGUGUCGAUCUCAAGUUUGUCAUCAACCCAAGCGACGCAGACGCCAGAGACAAACAAUACAAGGCGACUUUCCAAGGAUGGCUCGCGCCUCGUCUGCUCAGUGGCGAGUUCAUCCCUGGCCCAAAAGCGAGAAUUGUGGGCAAGGGAUUGGAGUCUCUGAACAAAGGUCUAGAUGAAUUGAUGGGUGGUGUGAGUCUGGAAAAACUUGUUGUCGAGGUGUAAAUUGGCGUCAGCAUUGUGCAAUUGGCGCACCUCGAGUAGCUCAAUAAGAAACCAUUCAAGAGUAGUCAGCUUUCGCAAAUGAAG